AUGCAGUUACACGUCCACAUGGAACCCCCCGCGGAUCAGAAACCCAUGCGCCUUCUUCUCGUCAACCCGAACAGCACGGAGUCCAUGACCCAGGCCGCUGGACAGCAGGUGGAACACCAUCUGAACGAAGCGUACCCAGGACACCUGAGAAACGUCGUUGUGUCGUUAUUCACGGGUCCUCCCAGCGCGCCGCCUGAGAUAGACGGCGACAAGACAAGCCACGACUCUGCGCGCGAGUGUUUGCCCCUUCUCUGCAGACGUACCGCUGGCGCCAACGACAAGCAAUAUUUCGAUACUUUCGACGGCGUGCUCGUUGCCUGUUUCUCGGACCACCCACUGGUGCGCGAGCUCUUGGCCAGAACCGAGUGCUCGACCCCCGUCACGGGCAUAUUUCAUGCCGCGAUGACCUCCUGCCUUUCGAGACCAGGAACAGAGUUCUCGAUUAUCACCUCGAACGACGAGUGGGUCGAGCUGCUGGAUGCUGGCGCAGAACGCUUGCUUGGGGCCCCCAAGCCCUUCUCCAGCUCUCCGUGUCCCUUCAAGGGAACCGUUGCUUCCUCUGUGCCCGUGUUGGACCUUCACAACCCGAAAAAUCUGCACGCUAUUGCCAAGCGAAUUUACCAAGAAAACGUGACGCGUCUUGGCACAACCACCAUCAUCCUGGGAUGUGCAGGGUUUUCUGGAAUGGAAACCCUCUUAGGCCAGGAAAUCCGCAGUGUAGCACUUCACGAAGAUCCCGAAUCUCAGCUUCAAGUUACCCUGGUUGACAGUGUGGUUUGCGGUAUUGAAAUUUUGACUUUAUUAUGUCGACUGCGGGUCAACAAGGGUGAUUAA